UAUGAUCUGUAUGUGAAUUUUCCAAUUGUAUUUCAGACCUUAAGAAAGAAAGGCCUUAAUGGUUGUGAGAGCCCUGAUGCUGACGAUUACUUUGAGCACAGUCCACUAUCGGAGGACAGAUUCAGCAAACUAAAUGAAGAUAGUGAUUUUAUUUUCAAGCGAGGCCCUCCUGGAUUGCCUGCUCAGAACUUCUCCAUGUCGGUUACAGUUCCAGUGUCCAAUCCCAACACUUUAACCUACAGCAACCCAGGGAGCUCCCUGGUGUCCCCAUCCCUGGCAGCCAGUUCAUCCCUGACGGACACGACCAUGCUGUCACCCCCUCAGACCACCCUGCACCGGAACGUGUCCCCUGGGGCUCCCCAGAGACCACCGAGCACUGGCAACGCAGGUGGGAUGCUGGGGACAGCUGAUCUCACAGUGCCAAAUGGAGCUGGUACCAGUCCCGUGGGAAAUGGGUUUGUGAAUUCUCGAGCUUCACCGAGUCUACUGGGAACUGGUGCUGGUGGGAAUGGCUUGGGCAAAGUGAUGCCUACAAAGUCUCCACCUCCCCCUGGAGGAGGGAAUCUCGGCAUGAACAACCGCAAGCCUGACCUCCGUGUUGUCAUCCCACCCUCCAGCAAGGGCAUGAUGCCACCACUGUCGGAGGAGGAUGAAUUGGAGUUGAACACCCAAAGGAUAAGCAGUUCUCAGUCCACACAGCCUCUUGCCACCCCCGUGGUGUCGGUGACAACUCCGAGUUUGCCUCCGCAGGGACUGGUGUACUCGGCCAUGCCCACUGCCUACAACACUGAUUACUCCUUGACUAGUGCAGACCUGUCUGCCCUGCAGGGAUUUAACUCCCCAGGAAUGCUGUCCUUAGGGCAGGUGUCUGCCUGGCAGCAGCACCAUCUCGGUCCAGCAGCCCUCAGCUCUCUUGUCACUGGCAGCCAGCUAUCUCAGGGUUCCAAUCUGUCCAUUAACACCAACCAAAACAUCAACAUCAAAUCC